UUGGUUAUACAUCACCAGAAAAUGCUCGGCAAUAGUCAUCACAACGAACGCCAGGAGCUUAUGGCCGGACAUCGAUACGAGUUUACUGUUAACCGAAUUGUUUCCAAAUUACUCGAAAAACCGUACAAAACUUCAUGUCAUUGGUACGGCAAAUGGGGAAAUGGUAUCCAAUCGAGACACCAGUGCAUUGAUAACUGUGUGAUCGGCUUAUACCGUGACAAAUGCCGGUGCCUUCCAAUACAUUUGACUAAUACAGUGAUGCUAUUGAACGCAUCUGAGCCGACUGUCUGUACUUUAAGAGAUUCAAGUAUGAGAACUGAUAGCUGUUAUGACAUAAUUUCCAAAGACAUCGGUAUGUGUCUGACAACAGACAACUGUCCUAAUAAUUGUCAAUCGAUACGAUACACAUGUGUGAGAAAAGUCGACAAAUUAUUGACUUUAGGCGAUGAAUGGAUGGUAGGGAAAGACAACAGUGUCGACACCGGUAUUGAUAAGCGGGUUGUCGUCAAAAUUCGUUUGGAUGAGUCCUUUGGCACUAUUGUUGAGACACACAUACCGUUAAUUACUUUUGGACAGCUGUUGGCCUAUAUAUCAGCAUUGAUUGCAAUAGUCAGCGGUCUUUCAUUUUUUGGUUUUACUAAUUUUUUAGUGGAAAAGAUGCCCGAAAUCCGGUUUCUCAUCAAUAAUAACAAUACAAAGAUUGGAGAUAACAAUACCACUAUUAGUGGACAGUUAGAUGGUUUGAAUGGCACAGCGAGUACCAGUCGUGUUGGCGUUAUUGUCAAGAAAUAUCUUCAACAAAAAAAUGCAAAACAUUUGCCAUCACAUGAUGUAAAUGAAAGGAUGUCAACAGCGACAACAACAACAACAGUUGAAUGCAUAUCCAAUGGCUUAGGAAGUCCUAAAAGACAGUUACUAAUGACACCGACCAACAAAAGGCCGGCCACUUCUGGCAUUUACGAGAGUGGGUAACAAAAAAUAUAUAGCCGUUGUUUGACAUCUAAUAUGAUGUGUG